AUGAGGACCGCCGAGAAUGCUGCGGCUGCGGCGGCGUUGACGGAGUCGGAAAUGAGUGAAAAAGCUGAGACGACGACGACUAUUGUUGUCCAUCAUCUACUACAAAGAGAUUCUGAUAAUACAGAGUGCGAUUCGCGGUUCGAUAUGACAAGAGGAAUGGCGAUCAGCCCCCAAUUUGCGGGCUUUUCUGGUGAUCAACCGUUGUUCCUUACGCCCGACAUGGUGAUGAGCACGAGUCCCACAACAGGAGGGAGUUUUGACCUACAUAGAUUGCGGGAAGCUGGAGAGUAUAGUGAAAUUCAUGAGUUACAGGAUGUGAAACGAGUAGUGCAGGUGACAGUUACAUGGAAUGAUUCUGAAUUUUCCUCCCACAACGAGUCUUGGUUGAAUAUUGUUGUACAGGAAAUGGAAAAAGGAUUGCCUGUGGUGGCGCAUACAGAUGAUGUUCAUCUUUUCUGGAAAUGUAAGUAUAAUUCCUUCAAAUUAAUAGAAUUUGAAGUAGGGAGCAGGAAAGCCUGGACGGAACUUAAAUUAGUUACUCGUCCACCAAGUAGUCAACGUGGUGGUGUGUUCAAUGCCAACCCCGUGGUUGAAUUUUUGGAAAAGGAUUUUGUGGAACCAAUUAUAGAACACGUCCUAUUGGCGUUCAUAAGAAAUUUUGAGAGGGCUAAAACAGAGUUGGAUAAGAUGACCGACAUGGUGAUUGCUGAUUGCCAAAUGCUUGCCAACCUUGUCAUGCUUACUAAAGAGUUACUAAUGAGUCAUAGUUCACACAAAACCAAGGCUAUUCGCAGGUGGGAGAAAGAUCAUGGAAUUACCGGCCAGGUUCUUCAACAACUGUCUGGCAAGAGUCGCGAUGAUGCUACUGCUGAAACUCUUAAAGUUAUCACUAGAUGCUCUUUAGAAGAAGUUGUAACUGCCUCGGAAGAGAAUCAUACUGCAGGGAGGGGAGGGAUGCUGCUGCAAAAGGAGGACUCAUCUUCUGAACCCCACAUUCCCAAAUCCAGUGCAACAAAUGAAGAAAGAAAUAAUAGCAUUGAUGAUGCCAAAGGUGGAAACAGUAGUUCAGACAAAACCAAGGCUAUCCGCAGGUGGAAGAAAGAUUAUGGAAUUACUCGCCAGGUUCUUGAAGAACAGUUUUGUAGGAAUCUCAAAGAUGCUGCUAAAACUUUUAAAGUUAGCCGAUAUACAUUGAAGCGAGCAUGUCGGGACUUUGGCAUCAGUAGAUGGACAUAUCACAGGGGAAAAAGGCCCAAUAAUUGCUCUCUAAACCAAAAACAAGAUGUACAAGCUGUUAAGAAACAUAAAGGAAUUCAACCAUGUCCUGCUCUGCCUCCUCUACAAGCCACAAAUGCAGGCCAAUGUAACAGCACAAUGUCUGUGAAGGUAAAAAAAUGUGAAGAAGUUAAUCAAGCGACAUUUGAACCGAAGAAACAUCAUGACGUAUCGUCAGCAAUUCUUGGAAAGAAAGAUCAUCUGAGCUCUGUAAGAGGAGUUGGUUCAUACUCUACCAUCCAAGGAAUGUUUGGUAGACUAGAUCAGAAACGGAGCACAUCAAGUAGGGUUUUCACAAUUGAUGUUGUCAAAGAAAUGAUGGACAAAUGCAGGCUAGAUACAAUAACAGAGAUGGAAACAAAGAUGCAACCCAAGAUAGAUAGCUUGAACCAGCAACUCCAGCUUCUAAUGAAGAACAUGUCGGCGACACAAAUCUCGGUUGGAACUCCUCGAAGUGUCUAUACCCCAUUUGAUCCACCUCAUACUCGUAGCAGCUAUCAUUCAGUUGACACAUAUCCAGUUACAACAAUUAAGAGUCCAAAAAAGUGUACACUAGCAGUAUGUCCCGGUGGCACACCGACUGUUGUUACAAAAGGUAUGGCUCACCCAAGUACAGACGAAACUGUGGUGUAUCAUCAACCAUCAUCCACCAUUGGCAAUUUUGCGCAACCGCCUAUGCAUUUAGUGAUUUUGGAUGAGAAUUUAUCAAAAGAAUAUAAGAAAACAAAAGAUCAAAGUGGUGAUAUAUCUGCUACUGGUACACGGCCUCCCAUUGUGGAUGAUGAUGCCUUACAACACUUGGGGGUCAAUUGCAAGUAUUUAGUGAGUUUGUUGACAAGUUUUCCACUUGAUAAAGACUACAUUGAUUUGGAGAUAGAUAAGUCAAUCUUCUAUCAUGAAAACACGAGUUUUAUUUUUGUGAUGAUGGAUGAUAUUAAGGAUUUGCUCACGAUGAAGUGUCUUAAUGUCUCAAUCAUCCAAGUGUUUAUUUUGUAA